AUGCACAUAGCGGACAUAGCUGUCUCUGUGUUUGUAGUAGUGAUCAUCGUCGUCUCGUUGCUGUCCAACGUGGUGGUACUGAUCUGCUUUCUGUACAACCAGGAGAUUCGAAAGCAGGUGCCCGGGUUGUUUAUCCUCAACCUAACCUUCUGCAACCUGUUGCUCACCGUGUCCAACAUGCCUCUAACUCUGGUCGGACUUAUCAACAAAGGAAACACUGGAGGCAACGGGUUCUGUCAAACUGUGGGUUUCCUGGACACUUUUCUCACCACCAACUCAAUGCUCAGUAUGGGGGCUUUGAGCAUCGAUAGAUGGGUGGCAGUGGUUUUUCCGCUAAACUACCACUCCAGAAUACGACACCGGGACGCAGUGAUAGGGCUUGGAUAUACGUGGAUGCACUCGCUCUCCUUCUCCACCGUGGCCACCUGCUUUUCCUGGGUUGGGUACCAUCACCUUUACGCAUCAUGUACGCUCUGCAAUGCGAGAGCAAGCGGCACCCGGACGCAGUUUAUCAUCUACACUGUGGUUUUACACUCGCUCACUUUCCUCCUGACCUUGAUCGUGUUGUGUGUAACAUACCUGAAAGUGCUGAAAGUUGCGCGGUUUCACUGUAAACGCAUCGACGUCAUCACUAUGCAGACCUUAUUGCUGCUUGUGGAUAUUCACCCGAGGUAAGGUGUUCUACUGUUGAGGUGUCCUUGUAGGAUUCAUUUACUUUUGACAUGUUUUCAGAUUAGCCCAGAAAUUGGGAUUGCAAAAUUACCAAUGCGACUUCAGUGGAGUUAUGAUUGAUUUCAGCACCACAGUUUUGGUCCAAUGUUCCGGUCUCAAAUCUCAGCCUCUUUAUCAAAACUAAAAUGACACCAAGAUAUUCCAAACCAAGAGCUCUUCACAUACAGAUCAAAACCAUUAUAACUUGUGAUUUAUAUUCAUGAUUUGAAUAGCGCAGACAGGCGUUAUUGGCAGUUAGUUAACCAAUAAUCAUCUAAUUUGCCUUGCAUUUUUAUAUAUUGUCAUAGGCGAUACUAGGAUUAUGCCAAUAUUACAAUUUCAUACAUACAGCAAAGUAAAAAUCAUUUUGCAUUUUAACGUUAGUUUUAAUCAAAUGUAAUACAUCAAAACGCUCUGAUGUGCAUCCUUGAAAUUCUUUGAGAUGAGCUAUUAGAUCAGUUUAGGCCUACUCAAGCCCAGCUUUCCUAUGAGAAAGAGGUGAGCAGAGGUAUGAUUGAAUCACACUGAAGCAUUUUCUCCCUACUUCAUGGAUGGUACAAUAUUAGCAUGUGUAAUUAUCUAUGGAUAUAUUGAAAUGUCAAGUGCAGUCAAAAACGUGAUUUUCCUGUGUUUUAUAUAUAUUUCCACCCUAUGAGGUUGGAAUAAUACUGUGAAGUUGUUUAAAUGAUGAUAAUGCCCUUUUAGUGUAAGAGCUGUUUGAAAAGACUGCCUGAAAUGUCAGCCUGUUGUGGUGGGAUGGAGUUUUGGCCUGCCAAUAACCGUUUCCCCUCCCACUCAGACCUAGCUAAAUAAUUUUUUGAGAAAUUGCUCUUUGCUAAGAAGCUAUUUUUAUUUCUUUUCGACCAUUUAAAUUGAAGCAAUCACAUUAAGGUACUUAAUUGUUACCCAGAAAUUAUUUGAUAUUGAGAUAAAAACGGCUGCAUUGGACCUUUAAGAGCCAUGUCAUGUAUGGUUUACUGUAUUUGAUUAUCCCUUUUCAAUCACCUCCACAUUACAUAACUCAAAUAGUUAAACUAGCCUCAAAUCUAUCAAUUAAUGUCAUCUCACUGCCUGCAUCACUUUCUUUGUUAUCUAUCCUUCUUCUUUCUAAGAUGCCGGGGUCAACUCCAUGUGAUUAGCAAUCAAUUAAAGAAUAGGUAUUGACCAGGAAUUUGACUUGAUUUACAUAAUGGAUGUGUUACAGUUCAGAUAUCUUGAAACAAUCCAUUGCCAUUGACCUGAGGCUGUGCUCUGAUACUGUCCAUAGAAGCAUGCUGUUUUCUCCAUCACCCUUCAUUCCACUUGAGAGGCCAUGUUUGAGGCUGUGCUCCUGGGUACGUCCCCUGGGUUGAUAAUGGUCCUCUCUGUCCUUUGGUAGUGUGCGCCAGCGAUGCCUGGAUGAGCAGAGACAGCGGAGGCAGAGAGCCACCAAGAAGAUCAGCACAUUCAUUGGAACGUUUGUGGUGUGCUUCGCCCCCUAUGUCAUCACGAGGUGAGCAGAGGUUCAAAUCACAUCAUUCUGAGAAUAAACCUUGUCCUUGUGAAACGCCUCCAUACACUUACCUAGUAAGGACAGUGAGACAAACAAGAGCAACUCCACAUCCCCUAACAUUCACUAUCGAAUCAGAGCCAUGGCAUUUUGAACCGAAAUGUUGACAUUUCUGAGAGCUUGUUAAAGAGUUUCCUCAGGACAUUAGGUUUUUUGACAUCUGUGUUGUUUUAAAACAGUCCUUUUAUGCUAUCCACUGUUCAUAAAAUAACUUAUCUGUGUGCUUGUCAUGGCAGAAUCUUCGAGCUCUUCAACCUAGGACAGAUAAACCCUCACUGGGGUGUGCUGUCUAAGUGUUUGGCCUACAGCAAGGCAGCCUGCGACCCUUUUGUCUACUCACUGCUCCGGAAACAGUACAGGAAGACAUGCAGCAACCUGGCCAACAAGAUCCUGAAGAGAAGUUCCUUUAACUCCUCCGCCCGCAUGGUGGAGAAUGGCAUGGCCAAUGACACGAACGACACCAACAACAUCAAACCCACCCAGUGAAGGGCCUUGCUGUUGCCUGACUAUGGCAAGAUGGAGACUUUGAGGUACUUACAUACCUAAGUACUGAGCCAUGGUUGGAGAGUGGAGAGAGUUGAAAAAACCUGAGAAGACAUUGCUGAUUGGUAUCGAUUUCGUACUUUCGCAAUUUUGAGCGGGGUUAAGUGCUGCUCUGUUGUCUCAUGGUGUGACAUGAGUGAGAAAACGUGACGUCCUUAAUUGGGAAGAUAUGACAGAGAGUCAUGUAGAUCAUGAAUUACUGUUGCUAAGCCAGUGAG